AUGCAGGCGAUACGGCUGCUACUCCAACAGCUGACAGCGGCGCAGGAACCCCACGGCGGCGGCAUCGUGGAGGCGCACCCGGACGAGAGAUGGCGGGAUGACCUCGCGGGAGGCGGCAGCUACGGCGGAGACCGAGCCGGGGUCGCUCUGGACCUCCGUCUUACUGCAGCUUCCAACGAAGUCAGUCCUUUUUACCUCGCCGACGUCCUUGGCUGCAGCGAGAGUAGCUCAGGUCGGAAUAAGAUGCUCCUGACAAGCAGAGGCAGCGGUCGGAGCAGAGCUUGCUCCAAGCCUGAGACCGGAUCAGCUCCGCCGGGCAAGUACAGCUGUCUGCUAGCUAAGCUGCAGGAGCUUCCAGCCCGGCGAGCGACCUCGCGCGCUCUGGCAUUCUGCGGACGGCGCGAGGGCACUGGCGUCCUGACUCUGCGGGAGAUGGAGACGCUGCUGAAGAAGCGGGAACGGGGCGAGAUGGAGCGAGGGAAACCGAAGCGGCUCGAGGAGGGAGCAGGUGCCGCGGGCAUCGCUCAGCUGGAAGAAGGCGCUCCUUCAAGCCGCCGAGCGGAGGGGAGAAUCCGGGAGGAAGGUGAGGGCCAAGGACAAGGGGAGUCCUCGAACGACGCCGUCCAGCGACAACGGUCCAACGGUUGCAGCAAAGCAGCUGGACAGGAGGAGGAGGAGGAGGUCUCCGCGGAACAAGGCGGGAGGCCCACCCAACCUCGCUCGGCCCCGGAUGAAGAUGUAAGGCUCUCUGCUCCGGGGCAAGAGGUGGUCAUGUUGAAAAGAAGAGCGGCGGAGACUCAGCAGUCCUCUGGAGAGAGGGAGCGCUCCGACGAUGCCCUGAUGGGGGAGCUCUCCGAGAUGGUACACAGGGUGGUGAAGAACAGCAGCUGGUGGGAGAGGCACGGCGUGGAUGACACCAUUAUUGCUCUGAACUUCCUCAGCCUACCGCUAGGAUUCCUGCUUCUGUGUUCCAGUAAUCCUUUUGUGUUCCUGUUGGGCAUUGCUGUCCUGGGUGUAGCCCAUCAUACAAUCACUGUGAAGGCAAGCCACUUGGCUAGCCACAAUGCUCUGGUGGAGUCCAAAUCAUGGGGGAAAUUAUGGAACAUAUUCUUCAUUGAGGUUUGCUCCGCUUUCACAGCAGAACGGGGGUCCUAUAACCAUGUAAAAAUGCACCAUGCUUAUACAAACGUCAUUGGCCUUGGGGAUUCCAGUACAUGGAAGAUUCCUUUCCUGAACCGUCACGUUUACAUGUUCAUUGCACCUAUUGCUGUGCCUAUUAUCACUCCUUUAGUGGCCAUUGGUUUACUCACAGAAGUUGAACUGAAAACUGCCAUUCGGACUCUCUGUUGUAUAUUUAUUGGUCUGUACGCCCAUUAUUGGCUGCUGCUUAAUAUCUCAGGGUUCCAAUCUGUCUGGUCUGCUCUCGGCUGUAUGUUGACCACACGCGGUCUCCUUGCCCAUGCAUACAUCCAUGUCAAUAUCUUCCAGCAUAUUGGCCUCCCCAUGUUUUCAGCUGAUAAGAAGCCAAAACGAAUCCACAUGAUGAGCUGCGGAGUUCUCAAUUUGCCUCGAAAUCCUCUGCUGGACUGGGCUUUUGGACAUUCACUCAUUAGCUGUCAUGUGGAGCAUCAUCUCUUCCCAGCUAUUUCUGAUAACAUGUGCCUGAAGAUAAAACCUGUGGUUUCUCAGUAUUUGAAAAAAAAGAAAUUACGAUACAAUGAGGAUUCUUACUGGUCCCGCUUGAAGCUGUUCCUGGACAAAUAUGAAGAACUGAUGGUCCAUGCACCUCCUAUUUCUGAACUUGUUGGGAUUCAGUAAUGGUACCUUUAUGGCUAGAGAAAGAGCCUUAAGGCAGCAUGGUUUCUUUUUCCAAGAUCAAUGCAUUUAAAGCCCAAGUUAAGUUAUCAUGGAGAAAAUCAGUAUGCCUUUUAUGUCUUCCAUAUGGGACAAGCAAAAAUUAUCUUUAGAUACCGAAUCCAGCUGCCAGUAAUGGGUCAUAGGGGAAAAUCAAUAGCUCUAGUUGAUUCUACUGUACCACCUUUGAUUGUCUUCUCUGUUGUAAUAAUUUUUGCACACUGGUAUCUUCAAAGGAUCAUUUCCAUUCUGCUAUUCUGCAACUUAAGGGAGGGAAUUGUAAGGGCUAUUUAACAUUCUUCCUCUUAAACUAAUAUAACUUCCAAGUUAAAAGACAUUUGUACCAUACAAACUUUGAAAAGUUGUGUGUAGCGAUUUCUUUUCCUCAUCUUGGGUAUAAGACUUGAGACAGCCAACAUAGAUCACUGCUGCUAACUGAUAUGAAAUCCGCAGCGGAGGAAAUAUAAGCCACCUCUACAAUAUAUGUAUUACUUUCCCAAUUGGUGCCUUCUAGAUAUGCAGAGACACCAAGUACCAGAAUGCCAGCUAGCAUGGGAAUUUCUGUAAUUCUAGAACAUCUGGAAAGAACACCUGGAAAGAAGCUAUUUGAGGAAGGUUUUCCUAGAGGUUAAUUCUUUUGGGAACAUAAAGAAACAUGAAAAUACUGCAUUGACUGUUGGACUGAUACCCACAGAACUCUAAUUAUAUGAGAUCUUCAUACUGUAAAGAGGUGCCUCUUGUCAGAUGCUUCAUGGAUUUUCAUCGUUAGCACACCCUCAACAGAUUGCAACCUCUAGCCUACCUUGACUGGGCUGGGAAGCUAAGGAGGGUCAGGCCUAGUCUGGGCUUAGAUGGUAGACCUCCAGGGAAUACCAGGUUUGAGGGCUAGACUGGGAAGUCAAAAACCACCCUGGAAGAUGGCAAUGGUAAGCCACUUCUGUACUGUUGCCAAAAAAACCCAAACAUGGAUCC